AUGGAGACAAAACUUGGCGAAUUAGCUGGAAAAUUCAAAGCUUUAAACUUUGUAGUGGGGAAUAUGGACGAUAUUUUGACUGCGCAAGAGAAAGAACCAUUAAAACGUAAGGAAAUAUCUAUCUCAAAGAAAAUUAACGCGAUUUAUGCGCUUCAAGAGGAAAUCGAGGAACUUAAAUUUAUACAAAAGGACAGCGAAGAAAAUGUACGUGCGUGGGCUAAUGACUGUGAGACUAAAUUAAAUGAAGCCAAAUCGAAAGUUGAAAAUAUUAAACGUGUGUUAGUAGAAAUCGAAGAAGAGGAAAUACUUGCUAAACGUGAAAAGGACGAAGCGAAUUUACUUAUGGCUAUUGACGCUGAAACCGAGAAACAAUUAGCGAUUGAAAAGGCAAGACUAGAACUGGAACGAGUUCACAAGGAGGCGGAACGUCAGCGCGAGUUGGAGCACCAAGAUCGGAUUCUACAGCAGAAAAUGAAAUUCCAGAAAUCCAUGGAAACAUCGAUGGAAAAAUCCAAAGAGGUAAAAAAUAUUAAAUUACCUAAAUUAGCAAUAACGAAAUUUGGCGGUAAAUUUUCUGAUUGGCUUCCACUUUGGAACACUUUUGAAGCUGAGACAGACUCAGUCGACCUACCCUCAGUUUCAAAGUUUGGUUAUCUAAAAGAAUUAUUAGAACCAAAAGUACGAGUAGAUAUUGAUGGGUUACCCUUUACGACUGAAGGAUAUGAGAGAGCCAAGAAUGUAUUAAAGAGCGAGUACGGAAAAUCCAGCGAGAUUAUCAAUGCUCACAUUCAAAAUAUUAUGGGCCUACCUGUUAUAACUGGAUCGAGUCCAGUGAAAGUGCAUGAGUUUUACAAAACACUUUCUCAUAACGUUCAGUCGUUAGAAACAUUGGGGAAAAUAGAGAGGGUCAAUGGUACAACGAGAAAUGUAUUGGAUAAACUAAAGGGAAUUAAAGCUGACCUAGUUCGGGGGGAAGAAGGGUGGCAAGACUGGGACCUCCCGCGGUUAGUAGUGGCGUUGAAAAAGUGGAAAAAUGUUAAUCCAAUUGAGAAUAAUUAUCAAGAUAAUAACAAAUCAUCACCACCAAAACGGUUUGGACCACGAUCUGAUUUUUAUCAUACAAAGGACGGUGAUCGAAAAAAGCGAGUUUGUGUUUAUUGUGAAGAUAGUAGCCAUUUGUCAAAAAGUUGUCCGAAAAUGUCCUCAGUUUCAGCCCGAAAGAAAUUUCUCGCCGAGCGUAGACUUUGUUUUAACUGUACUGGUGCAAAACAUCGUGCAUCAGACUGCAAAAGUACCUUAAAUUGUCAACUUUGUAACCAGAAACAUCACACCUCUAUUUGCACGAGAGAACAACAGCCAUUACUAACCACGACCGAAAGUAGUGAUAUACCGUUAGCUUACCCAGUAGUUGUUGUGAAUGUUGAAGGUGUGAAAUGUCGCGCGCUUCUAGACACAGGAGCAGGAAGUUCCUACGCUUCUGCCGCGCUUUUAAAUCGUUUAACUAAUCGUAAACGUCACAAAGAGAUACGUCGAGUGGAAAUGAUGCUUGGAGCAGUUACUCGGAAAUGGAACUGUCCACUGUUAAUGUUGAAGCCUUAG